AUGACCUACAGCCCCAUCCGUGGCAAAGUGGGUGGAGAGCUCUCCAAGGCACCCAAACUGGUGGCACGUGCGGAGGUGUCCUUGCAUGAGCUGUCCUCGAGCACGGACAUCGAGAAGGCCGUUCAUGACUUCUACAACCUUCAAGACACGUCUGGCAAGAAGAACUUCUUGAUCAUCCACGCGGAUCCCGUGGCCGCCUCCGUGCGAAUGAUCGAGCACUGCCGCUUCGUGUGCGAGAAGGCUCGCAACGGCUUCGUCCAGAAAGGCAAGGGCGAGGAAGGCUCGAUGUUCGUGGUUCUAGUGGUGCACUUGCAGCGUGGCUACGACGGCAAGUUCUCCUUCGACUUCGACUCUCAAUGGAGCGCCGUCUUCCUGGACUCAGUGGAGCCCUCUGCGGAUUUGAGCUCCAUGCCAUCCCUAGGAGCCAUGCUGAACAUGCCUUUGAUUGAUGUGGUGGAGGGCUUGGAGUUCCCUAAGCUGCUGCGCAGCUGCUUCCGCUCCUCGCUCUCUCGCCUUAUGUAUCCUCACUCUCGGCGCCCAGAUGACCUGCAGAAGCAGAUCCAGCUGAUGCUGAGAUACAUCGAAGACGUUGACUUU